AGUUCAAGGAGGCGUUCUCACUCUUCGACAAGGAUGGGGAUGGCACCAUCACCACCAAGGAACUGGGCACCGUCAUGCGCUCCCUGGGCCAAAACCCCACCGAGGCCGAGCUGCAGGACAUGAUCAACGAGGUGGACGCUGCUGGCAAUGGCACCAUUGACUUCCCCGAGUUCCUCACCAUGAUGGCGAGGAAGAUGAAAGACACGGACAGCGAAGAGGAGAUCCGUGAAGCUUUCCGUGUUUUCGAUAAGGACGGCAAUGGGUACAUCAGCGCGGCAGAGCUGCGGCAUGUCAUGACCAACCUGGGGGAGAAGCUGACGGACGAGGAGGUGGAUGAGAUGAUUCGCGAGGCUGACAUCGACGGCGAUGGACAGGUCAACUACGAGGAGUUUGUGCAGAUGAUGACAGCGAAGUGA